CUCCCUUUACCACAGUUCAGCACUCUGUGGCUCACAUUACAGUAGAAACCACAGCGGACCCAGCUCGCUCUUUACCCACAAGUCUUAACCAAAAACACAAUGAAAAACGUCUUUUUGUUGCUUCUCUUGUGUCACGUUUCACCAGCAGUAAAACACUCCCUGAAGUUUAUCUUCACUGCAUCUUCUGGAGUCCCAGACUUCCCAGAGUUUGUGGUUGCUGUAGUGGUUGAUGAGAUUUUGGCCGGUUACUGCGACAACAACAAAAAGAUAGUAGAACCAAAACAGGACUGGGUGAACAAAUUAUUUGAAGAUGAUCCUCAGCACUUGCAGUGGUACACUACAAAGUGUUCAGAGUAUGAGCCGCACUUCUUUAAAACCACACUUGAUAAUUUGAAGCAGCGCUUCAACCAAAGUGGAGGUGCCCAUGUUUUACAGAGGAUGAGUGGAUGUGAGUGGGAUGAUGAGACUGGAGAGGUUAAUGGUUUAAAUCAGUAUGGUUAUGAUGGAGAAGACUUCAUAUCUUUUGACCUGCAGACAUUGACAUGGAUUGCUCCGAAACCUCAGGCUGUCAACACCAAACUGAGAUGGGAUGCUGAGAAGGCUAGAAUAAAAUACAAUAAGAAUUACCUCACUGAGCUUUUCCCUGUGUUCCUGAAGAAGUAUUUGGUCUUCGGCAACAGCUCUCUGCAGAGAAAAGAGCUUCCCUUAGUGUCUCUCCUCCAGAAGACUCCCUCCUCUCCAGUCAGCUGCCACGCUACAGGUUUCUACCCUGACAGUGCCACACUCAUCUGGAGGAAAGAUGGAGAGGAGCUUCAUGAGGACGUGGACCACGGAGAGAUCCUCCCCAACCAUGAUGGAUCCUUCCAGAUGAGUGUUGACCUGAAACUUCCAUCAGUCCCACCUGAAGACUGGAGGAGGUACGACUGUGUGUUUCAGCUCUCUGGUGUGAAGAACGACAUCGUCACCAAACUGGACAAAGCAGAGAUCAGGACCAACUGGGAGAAGUCCAGUGACAUGACCGUGCCCAUCACUGCUGCAGCAGUUGUUCUUGUUCUCAUCCUCAUCACUGCAGUUGGACUCAUGGCUUACAAAAAGAAGAAAGCCAAAUGCCCUCCAUCUCCUCCUGACGACGGAUCAGAGCUCUCUGAGAAACUGAAUCCAGAGACCUGAUUGUGAAACACACUCAAUGAAGUUCCUUCAUAUAACACGUGUCACUUUAUUUAGCUUUACAGAACUUAAACUGACUAAAACAUGCCUUCCUGUCACAAAGUGAUGUAGUAGUUUAUGGCUUUUAUAUGUAUAUGUAAAUGUUAAAUGUAAUCGUUUAUUUAACAAUAGAAAUCUAUAAUUAAUGUUCUAAAUCUAAUUUAAAAACAAUUUGCUUGAUUAUUUUCACAAAUCAAUUCUAUUUCCUUUACCCUUCAUUUUACAUUGAUGCAAUAAUGUUUUCAAUUAAAUUCCUUAAAUUACUGUUUUUGAUCAUGUUUGAAUAAUAUUUUAUGGUUUUAGAAUAACUACAAUAACUAUAGGUUUCUGUAAACACUGUAUACAAUUGUGAAAAUCACCUCUUGUUGAAAAGAUGAUAUAUAUAUAUAUUUUUUUAUUUGGUGCGACAGGUCAGAGGAAAACUUUCUCAUACCACAGGUUUUUCAAACAAGUAGCUUUUAGUAAGACUAGUGUAAAUAGAUAGACAGUGAUGGUGGUGGGACUGCUGAGCGGGCCAUUGCAUUCACAUGAAGUUGCAGUUUAGCCUGAGCAGACACAAUGUAGAUAUAAAGCCAUGUUAUACAGCAAAGUAUCUGCUGUUUGCUUGAGUGAAUGAAGGAUUUAAAGGCAGCUUAGGUUAGGUCGGGUUAGAGAUGCAGUCAGUGCGGUCAGUUAUGACGGUACAGUCUGAUACCCACUGUAGGGCUUGAUGAUAGGUAGAGACAUCAUUUCACAUGAAUACUGGGCAUGAUGAAAAUAAAUAAAUAAAUGAAAAUAAAUGAAGGUUGAAAUCAAAUGUGUUUAUCUGUACACAUAAAUGUGUAUGUGUAAUGAUGAUAAAAACCUUCUUUAGAUCUUUCAAUUAUUAUUAUGCAAUUAAGAAUUAUAUUUACCUUUUAUUUUCCAUUUUUCUACAACAAUAAAAAAAGUAAUUUUUUUAUUUUAA